CCAGAGGGAGUCUGGUCGAGGAAAAUAUUGCCACAGCAGACUACUUGGCAUUAAAAGACGGCUGACUGUGGGAGCUGCGGUAACCCGUUUCCAGAAUCUACUGCUCAGUUUUGUUACCAACACCAAAUUUGGAGAACGAAGGAGGAAACCUGAAUCUUGGCCUAAACUGUGGAGGCCUCAUCUGACCUCGAAUCUUCCUGCCAGUUGUGAGCCCUGUUGGCGUUUUCUCAAGCAAGAACAACUCAAAGUGAAAGUUACCACACGUAGGGCUUUUAUUUGAAUACCAGUUUAAGCAUAUUUGCAACGAUCGUUAUUAGCUUGAAGAAAUACACAACACUACUUUUCUUGGACAACAUGGCGAAGAAAAACAGCCAAAGGGAUACCUCGGGGGUUGUGUUUGACACUCGCUCAAAGAUGGUCAUGUCGCAGGGAGGAACAGCCGAGAGGAUGAAGGAGAAGAUCAGCGCUGUCAGAGCAGUCGUCCCCAACAAAAGCAACAAUGAGAUUGUUCUGGUUCUGCAGCACUUCGAAAACUGUGUCGACAAGGCUGUUCAAGCUUUCUUAGAAGGUAGUGCCGUAGAGAUCCUGAAGGAGUGGAAUGUCACAGGAAAGAAGAAGCCCAAGAAGAAAAAGAAGCCCAAGCCCCAGGCGGAGGCUUCAGCAGAGCCCGCUCCACCUGAAGCCAUUCAGGAGAGCAAGGAUGAAAUAAAUGGUUUUCACGCCAAUGGAUCAGUAAUGGAUGGAGAGUCGCUGGAUUCUCUGAGUGAACAGUUGGACUCUGCCUCUCUGGAUGCAGCCGAGCUGGACUCUGAACCUGCUUCAUCCGAAACCACUGGUGCAGAAGCAGAAAGUCAAGGAAGCGCUCCAAGUCCUGCCUCUCAGCCGGGAGGCAGGAAUCACCAAGGUCCCAGAGGCAACAAGCCCAGACACAGGCCGGGCUCAAAUUCACAUCCCCCCACUUCCACUUUAGCACUUUCUAAUGAUGAGAGCCAGCAAGGAUCAUCAGGAGUCAAGAAGAUGGCUCCCAACAUUGACCGAUCUGUGAAGGACCUGCAGAGAUGCACAGCCUCACUGACCCGCUACAGGAUGGUGGUCAAAGAGGAGAUGGACUCCUCCAUUAAGAGGAUGAAGCAGACGUUUGCUGAGCUCCAGAGUUGUUUAAUGGACAGAGAAGUGACUCUACUCGGAGAAAUGGACAAAGUGAAAGCAGAGGCCAUGAUGAUAUUAGACGCUCGACAGAAGCGAGCCGAGGAGCUCAGACGGUUGACGGAUCAGUCGGCGUCCAUGUCUGAGGAGCAGCUGACUGAACUGCGUGCAGACAUAAAGCACUUUGUGAGUGAACGUAAAUAUGACGAGGACCUUGGGAAAGCUGUAAGAUUUACAUUUGAUCUAGAGCCAAUGAAGACGAGCAUCUCGGCGUUCGGAUCAGUCUACCAUCCUCGUACUGGCUACUCAAACCGGUCCCGUUGUAGCUCCACAUCCUCUUCUGUCACCAGUCCAAGUCAGCUGGAAACCCCUCCACCCACCCAGACCCAAAGCGCCCCCAGUGAAAACCGCCCCCCACCAACAAAACAGAUUUUCCAAGGUAACAGGCGUACUUUCCAGGGACAGGGCUACCAUUCAGGCGGCCAGCGGUAUAACGGUAGCUCCUACCACGACCGGAACGCUGGCCGUGGUAAUUACCGUAACCAGAGCGACAGCGGCUAUUCUGGUCCUUCAUCACAGCACUCCAACAACUCAAGAGGCCCCGCCCAUCCAGACCGAGCCCCUCACCAUAACGGGCUGCCCCAAAGGCCUCCGCGGACACACUGCCCUUGACAUUGGAAUCCCUCCGUUGAAUCAAACCCUUCUAUUAACCCUCGCACUCCCCGACCUUCCACCCCACCCCUGACCCCCCCUUACUAACUCCUCCCAAUGAAGAAUAGAAUACAAGUUUACAUAUUUCCAUCAGUUGAGCUGUAGUGCCACCUCUACAUCAAUCUGCUCAUACUUCAGACUUGAAAAGCUCUCACUGUUCUGUACUCGCUCUUCCUUUCACAUUUCUCUGGUCCUGUUCAAGAUAACAGUUUCUAUCUUUAGGCCCCUUUGAGAGAUCUCAUUGCUAUGCUAUUGUCAGUCUCUCACUAAUUUUCAUGCUGCUUCAGAGAAACCAGUUGAACAGUGUGAAGUAAAGACUGACACGAUUACCUGCAACAAUCUGCACUAUUGAAGUUGAACUCUUAGUACUUUUUCUAUUUUUGCUGUGGCUAAUGUCAGCUCUCUGAUUUGCACCUCAGAUCUCUUUUUUUUUUUUUUUUUUUAACUCCCUGAACCAUUUCAAUGCCUUCAGUGGGAAAACAUAGUGAAAAUGCAACUAGCAUUAGUGAAGAUUUUUGUCAUCAGAGUAGACAUGCAAUCAACACUACAGACUAUCGUUAAUCUUUGCAAGGUGAAAACGAAACAUAUCAAACUGUAAUUCAGAGCUUUUUCUAUGGCUGCUACAAAACGUAGGGAACUUAACGCUAGAAAUUAGAGUAACUCUGUGAACGCAGAGGUCGCCCCCUCAAAUAUUGCCUAAGGCAGUGAUGUAUCGCCCUCCCACUGACCUCUGAAGUUAUUGCGUGUGCAGUUGUUGGCUUGUUGUCCAUUGUUUUAUAAUUAAGAGAGGGCUCAUUACUUUUUGUAGAAUAUUACAUGAUAUGUUAAUGCUCACAAGGACAGAAACUUCCCACAUGCUGGUUCGUCAUUGGUUUCUGGUAUUGAGACAGAAUGACUCUUCCACAUGUUUGCUCUGUAUGUUUUGUUAAUAUAUGCACAUACAUGGUAUAUUAAUGACAUGCUUGCCUUUAGUCACACAGACUUCACAUAUGCCUUUCUAGAAACAUGGAUGUCUGCAUCACGACAUCUGUCUAAACGGAUGGUACUCAUAGAGGAGAUGCACGAGUUCUAAUUGUGUGUGAGAAUACGCUGCAAGAUCUUUCGCUCCCUCCCCCCUUUUUAUACAUAAAAGCGAUCAAAGUCACUAAUGCAUUGAAGUUGUGUUGAUUUCCCAGAUCUUUUUCCGGAGCCCGCCAAGUCGACUCCUCAGCAGCUAAUGUUGGGGUUACGUCUUUUCGUCGUGAACAAAAAGCUGGCGUUGACCUCAUUGCUGAUGCUUCGGCAUGACUGGUUGGGUUUCUUGCAGCGGGCUUUGCAUUGAGGCACAGGAACCCCCGGUGACUCCUCACCUCUUCUUGUAGUUAUGUAUAUACAUGGAGCUGAAAAGCUGUAGUGUAAAACCGGUUGUUACUUUAUUGCUGCAUCUUCGUCAUAUUGUGCUGUCUUCCCUGGAGCAGACUAUUAGGGAAAAUACAUUGAAAAUAUUAUGUUCUCCCUCCUUUUUAUGUCUUUUUAAGGCUUUCCCAAAUCAUAAGGAUGUUUUUUUUUUCCUCCUUUUUCUUCGAGACUUCAGUGAUUACUUUGGUGAAUAUGGUGGAGAAGUGAGUGAACUUGUAACUAUGUGCAGUAAUGGCGCAUAAAUUAGUUAUCUAUCAACGUAAGUGCUUGCAGAGGUAGGAAGCUGGUUCUAAUGUAACUAAGAAGGAAAAUUGUGCAGGGUUUUAUUCAACCAGUGUCCUCUAUUAAAUCCUGGUGGGCUACAGAAAGGACAGCACAUCUGUAGAAUCCCAGGUGCUGGAAUUGCUGAAUCAAAAUUCAGAGUAGUUUGUCUCACUCUAUCCAAGCAGUUUUUUUGGGUUUUUUUUUGGUAUCAUUUUGACAUUCCAAACAGUAGGGAAAUUAGGUUUUCGCCAAAGAAAAUAUUUCAUCCUGUUAAAAAUCGUUGCCUUUUUUUCUUUCCAUGGCCUGUAAUCUUCCAAAGGGGAUGAAUCCAACACUUUACUUUCUCUUUUUCUUCUUUCCAGCCCACUUUAUUUUCUGAUUUCUUACUGUAUAUACAUAUAUGUAGCUAUAUAAUUUUGUGCUCACAUGGGGCAUUUUGUAUGUGAUAUUCAUAUUAGGCAUAAUGGAGGUUACAACCUAUAGUUUGUUUAUUUCCAGUUAGACCUUGUGUCCUUGAAACAACAUUUCUGAGACAACUGUAAACUCAAGUGCCUUUUCUUGUCUCCCACCAACUCAUCGACAUCCCUCCAGAGUAUGGACCAAAGACAUCAACCGUCCCCAAUCCCCCUGCCCUGAUUCUCUCACUCACUGAAUGGCACACUUUUCAUUUACUACAAAUAAACUGUUUGCAAUACUGA